AUGACUCAUCAGGAAGAUCAGGUGCCUUUCCCGUCCAUUGAUGUAAUCCUUAAAGCACAAAUGUGUUGAGAAAUACCCAAACUUCCCACGGCUCCUGAAGGUAGCAACUGUGGUCUCCUAAUUGGAGUCAGAUUGUGGCGCGAGCCCAUAGCUCGAGCCGCGAGGAGGGGCUUCAAACUUCUGCUUCCCGACCAGAGACGAGUCGCCUUCCUUCCUCCCAGAUGGACGACUGGAGACAUGUUUGUGGGGAGUUCGCGAACUUCUAUGUGAGGAUGGAGUCAUCGUGUUUGGACCUUGCUCUGGAAGGCGAGCGCCUCUGUAAAGCAGGUGACUAUCGCGCAGGUGUGUCCUUCUUUGAGUCUGCCAUACAGGUAGGAACCGAAGACCUUCAGAUUCUCAGCGCCAUCUACAGCCAACUAGGAAAUGCCUACUUUCAUCUUCAAGAGUACAAUAAAGCCCUGGAGUACCAUCGACAUGACCUCACACUGACCAGAACAAUUGGAGAUGAACUUGGAGAAGCUAAGGCCAGCGGUAACCUCGGCAACACAUUAAAGCUUUUAGGGCGUUACGAUGAAGCGGUGGUUUGUUGCCAAAGACAUUUGGAAAUCACAAGAGCCGUCUACGAUAAGGUUGGGCAGGCUCGAGCUCUGUAUAAUUUCGGAAACGUUUACCAUGCCAAGGCUAAGAGCAUCUGCUGGAGUGGAUGUGAGCCAGCCGAGUUUCCAGAGGAGGCCAGGAUCGCCCUCAGGAAAGCUGCACAGUACUACGAAGCAAACCUGCGCCUUGUGAAGGAGCUGGGUGACUGCGCCGCUCAGGGUCGAACCUACGGGAAUCUCGGUAACACGUAUUAUCUCCUGGGUGACUUUGAAAUGUCAGCAGCCGCACAUGAAAAGCGGCUUCUUAUUGCUAAAGAAUUUGGAGACAAAUCUGCAGAGCGAAGAGCCCACUGCAACCUGGGCAAUGCGCACAUUUUCCUUGGCCAGUUUGAAGUGGCGGCUGGGCACUACAAGAAGACUCUGCAGCUGGCCAGGCUUUUGAAGGAUAAAGCAGUGGAGGCUCAGGCCUGUUACAGUCUGGGAAACACCUACACACUCCUGCAGGACUACGAGAGAGCCAUAGACUAUCACCUCAAACAUCUGGUCAUUGCUCGGGACCUCAACGACCGAGUGGGUGAAGGAAGAGCCUACUGGAGCUUAGGAAAUGCCCACACCGCCCUGGGGAAUCACGAGCAGGCCAUGUACUUUGCUGAAAAACAUCUGGAAAUUGCCAAAGAGACUGGAGACAAAGGUGGCGAGGUGACUGCCAGAAUGAACUUGUCGGACCUGCGGCUGGUUGUAAACCUCAAAUCAAGCUCCAGCAAACAUCAAAUCUUCCGUAACAACAACUCUAACUGCUCCGCUGAGGCAGAAAACGGCCAAGGUUACUUCAAUCUGCUUGGGGCCAAGUCGUCUUUAAGGAGAAACGGAAGUGCAGAAAACCAGGAACAGAGUCAAAGCGCUGACCGGCCCCAGAAAGAAGACCCGUCGCCACAUGAGGAAUGGGAGGAUCAUUUAUUUCCUGGGUCAUCCAAAAACAACACGAUCAAAGCCUCCACUAAGCUUUUCCUUUUCCAUCGGCUGAAAAGCAAGAAGAAGAACACGAAACCUAAAGAUCAGGAGGAAAACCACAGCGAGAACACGAACUCGGAGCAGAAUUCACCAAUGUCUCCAAAGUCCAGACCACAGGACGCGAUCGGAGAGGACAGCUUUUUCGACCUCCUGUCUCGGUUUCAGGGAAGCAGAAUGGACGACCAAAGGUGUACACUGGAUGUCCUGAGCCACCCCUCCGCCCACCCCUCUCCCUCCUCUACCUUACCUGUAGCUGAAGGGAAAUCUACAUCAGAGGGAAAAGCACCAUCACAGGAUCCUGGACAUUUCCUGGAGCUGCUGGCCAGCUCCCAGGCCCGUCGUCUAGACGACCAACGAGCCAGCCUCAGCCAAUUUCCUGGCUUACGUCUCAGCACCUGCAGCCCGCCUCAUACACCCUCCACCUCCAGCACAGACCCAGCCCCGACACAAGUGAUCCCCGCGGCAAGCACCAGUCACACACCCUCCCUGUACAACCACCUCGAGAACGCUGCUGAGCCGGCCGAGGCAGACGUCUUCUUCGACAUGCUAGUGAAGUGCCAGGGCUCCAGAUUGAAUGACCAGAGAUGUGCCGCUCCCUCUUCAACGUCCAAGGGACCAACGGUACCCAGUGAGGAUUUUUUUAGUCUCAUCCUGCGUUCCCAGUCCAACAGGAUGGAGGAGCAGCGGGUUUCACCUCCCUCUGGUGAUCCCCAAACCAAACCAGGCUGAUGUGAAGAAGAGCUGAGCACAAAUGAAGUAGCCAAGAUGGAUUUUUUUUACUAACACUUUUGCUUUUGUAACCCAUAACAUGACUGACCUCUUGCCUUUUGGAUUGUCCUGAAGACGAGGAUAUCCAGAUUGCAGAUGAAAUAAAACUGAUAUGUGAUGUUCAGGAUUGUUGGACUUUUAGGUCAAAUGAACUAUUUUUUAAAAGAUUUAUUUUUUAGGCUUGCAUCAAGUCACUUGUACAAAGGUGCAUUGUUACAGACUAAAUCUGUAUUCCCACAUUGUUAAAUAUUACUCUGGUUAAGAACCUGAUGUUUCACUGUAAAACUGACUGGAGUAAUGCAGGGUGACUUAUUUUAAUCUGAGAUCUUUUGGCUGUAACUUAUCAGAGUUUCGUGUAAUCUCAUCUGCAGAAGUAAAGAGGCUAAUGCUUCAGUUACUCUGCUGAGUAUCAGCAUCCAGAGAUUCAGACUAUCGCUUCUAAAGGUUUAUGGGAUAUUUCUGCGUGGUAACCUGCUUGUACAGAGGUUUGCCUCGUGUGUGUGUGGGUGUGUGUGUGCGUGCGUGCGGGGGUGUUAAAAAUAACUAUUUGGCCUUUGUACUGAUGACUUCCCCAGACAAUGGAGAAAUAAAAUCUCAUUUAAUUUA